CCGUCUCCCCGCGCCAUCUACCUCCCCCUCCCCACGCGCCGUCGAGGUCGCGCUGACCAUGCUCUCGACGACCUCCUCAGCGUCCUCUCCUCUCCUCUCCCCGUCGCCCCUGUUCUCCUCUCCCCAUCGCCCCUCCUUUCCUCUUCCCUCCCCUCCUCCUCUCCUCUCCUCUCCCCGUCGCCCUCCUCGUCGCCCGCGCCGUAUUGUCCGGCCCGGCACGCCGCCGCGUCCACAUUUGAGAGACGCGCGCCGCCACGUCCGCAUCCAAAGCUGAGAAGCGCACCGCCGCGUCCGCGGGUUAUCGUCGACACUCCGCG